UGAUAAUGCAAGAUUGCUUGCUAUAGGCACGGAUCGCCACGAUCAAAACCCGUCUCUCACCCGGUUUUGCUGGAUUUAUCUGUCUUAAGGUAUCUCACUGGAGACUAACCGCAGAAAAAAUAUGAAUCCGUCAGCCAAAAGAAAGCGACUGGCGUGUGCAGAGUGUACCCGGCGAAAGAUCAAGUGCGAUAAGGUCCUACCGUGUCGGAAUUGCCGCCAUAGAGGUAGCACCUGCUAUCGCGUACCGCACAUUUCCAAUUACUCGCGGGCGACUGGGGGAUCUCCGCCAAUUCCCCAGCGUAGUGGAGCCCCCUCAACCGAACUGACUGGGACCCUCGCUGCAUGCCUCAACGAGCUGCAAGCUACACUGCAGGCAGCGAGGACGCGCGACAGCUCAAGUCCCAGAUUUAAUGACAGUGCGGUGUCGUUGUUCGGUGUACCGGAAGGCACAUCAACUCAAUCACCGUCGGAGGUGGAGGAUGCCAGUCCCAGCCGUGAGACGGCCGAAGUGGAGGAUGCUGCGACAAUCUUGGAAUUCUUGGCAUGGGGCCGACGGAAAGUCCCUGACUACGAUGGUCUACUUGGAGAUCCAAAUCGUGCGCCUGAACAGUCACCCGGAGAUGUAUCUCUACAGGGUGGCCCUGCAGACCCUCCCCCUCAAUUGCGUUUCACGGAUGACGCGUCUUCGCUUCCACUCCUGCAGCUGUUGCUUCCCGAUGCACCCACUUUAUUGCGAAUGGUCAAGUACCACUGCGAGUGCCUUCUGUGGUAUCACGCUUCGUUCCAUGGGCGCAUAUUCCAGGAAGAAGUUGACCGUUUUAUCAAACAAAACCAUGGCCGUAUUGAUGACCAGCAGAUCGAUCUUCAGUGGGCUGCACUUCUUUUUGCCGUGCUGGCAGGGAGUAUGAUAUGUGCGCCCCGUUCAAUGUCUUCUUCGUGGGGGUUUCAAGAUUCUGAGCGUACUAACUUGGCUCAUCGACUUUUCAAAGCCGCUCUGGUCUGUCUGAGUCUGGCAGAUUUUACUGCUCACCAUUCAUUGUAUGGGGUCGAGUGUAUUGCAACAAUGACAAUAAGUGCUCAUUUGUUGGGUCAUUCUAAUAGCCACUCUGUCAACCUUGCAUCUGCUGUCCGGAUCGCGCAGAGCCUGGGUAUGCACAGACUAGGCGAAGAACCCAAUGAUAAUCUAAGUAAUCCAGUACGAAGGGAGAUCGGCCGACGACUAUGGGCGGAGCUAUGUAUCCAGGAUUGGUUUUCAAUUCCCUUUUCGGAAAGCUAUCUGAUCCAUCCUCAUCGCCAAGAUUUUAAGAUGGGAGAGCCUCGAAAUAGCAAGGAUGAUGACGAAAUGACCAAUGUCCCAGACAAUAUGCCAACUCUUAUGACCUACCAUCGUUUCCUAUACGACAUUGCAACACUCAUGCCUCAGCUUCAAGAUGACCUAUCUGCAUCGCAGACAUUAUAUACAAAAUAUGAGCAUGUCAUCCGAUACGACACCAAAAUGCGCACAUUGGUCAGCAAACAUAUUCCUUCUUGCCUACGCAAUACUACUCUCGAGCCAUCUUGGCCGCUCUACGUACCGUGGGCACGACACUGCCUGACUAUUAGCUCCGCUCAUAAAGUUAUCAUGAUUCAUCGCAAGUUCCUCUGGUCAAGCUUCACCAACCCGGCGUUUACAUUUACACGUAAGACCUGUAUCGCGGCGGCGAAAACCAUAAUUCGGGAACAGAAGCAACUGAUUCGAGAGGAUGGACCAGUACUCUGGAUUUAUCAUGCGUUUAGCGUGGCAGCAAGUAUCAUACUGUGCUUAGAUCUUUUCUUCCACCCACUCCCUGACUCUGACCAACGAGAGAAUCGCGAGUUAGCCAAACACAUGAUUGAGAUCUUGUCUCAAAGCGACAUCAGCAUGAUUGCCAAGCGAGGUGUUAAAAUAUUGCGUCUACUGCUUCGGCUAGAUCAGGAUAGAGGCAAAGAAUCAUCAAGCUGGGAUAUUCGUGGCCUCAUACAAUCAUUCUGUGAGCAGGAGGCAUUCGCGAGCCGUACUGAUAAUUGGCGACCGGCCGAUAAUCUCCCAUCCAUGACGGAACCUUGUUCGCCAAGUUCGAACAUGCAAUCACCAGGAUUCACAGCUCGACAGUCUCAUACUGAAGAACUUUAUAGCAACUGCCUUCAGCCAAACUCUAGUUUUUUGGUGCAUGAUUCAUUAGAGGACAUCUUGCUUCUCGCGCAGAAUGGAGGGGGAUGA